UCGGCGCUGCCACCGUCCUCGCUGGACGCGCCACUGGCAGCGACCAAGGCGCUAUUGACGCGCCCAGGCCCGUUCGUCCACACGUGGCCGCAUCUCGGCUUUGAUGACCUCCACAGCGACCGCGCGGCGCUUGCUCUCGAGGCGCUGCCGGCUCUAGUCUCUCUUCUGGAGCUAGCGACCGAGCGCACCCAUUGGUCAAUGUCAGCGCCCGAAACAAUGGUCUUGGCCGACGUUGUCGCGUCGUGGCCGCUCAAGCUGACGUACAUCGACACGCGGUGGUCGCUCCCUGCGAACGCACGAUAUCCACUUACUCUGGACAGCGACGAUGUUUGCAACUUGCUGCGUCGCUGCACGCGCCUCCGGUCCGUCACCUUGUUUGCGACCGAGGAGGUAGCCGCCGUGCUAGCCGCCAUGACAACGCCAGCCCAUCGAUUGCAAAAGCUGCAUCUUGCGUACGAGGGCACGCUGACGCUCGACUGGGCAACGCUGCUGCAGCCAUGGCUGUCGAGUGGCCACGCGCGUCAUGUCUCGUUCAACAAAGCCCCAGCAGCCGAUAUGGCGGGGCUGGCACGCGCACUUGCGACCACGUCGUCGCUCAGAAGCCUCGCAAUCCUCGAAAACGACGCGCUCAUCCGCGCCUUCUUGGCGCUACGGAUGCCAUUGCAUCAGCUGACAAAGCUGCAUCUCAGUACGCACAGGUCCAAGCUCCUCCGUCAGUUUCUAAAACUAUGUGCUUUGGCCUCGCUCACGUCGUUUGCGCUGGAUUGCUAUGCCAGCUUUGCCACUGUGACGCUGUUUGUGUCGCACAUGCCGGCACUGCGCCACCUCUCGCUCGGGUUUUGUUUCUUCGGUGCCGACGCGGACGAUGCGUCGCGCUGGCCGCACCUUGAAAGCAUCGAGUUUUGCGACGUCGACUUUGGAAGCGGUGCGCGCGACGCUGUGCUGGCCUACCUCGCGCGCGUGCAAGGCCUUCAGAAAAUGUCGUUUGAUCAUUGCUACACUCUGUGCCGGCCCUUUGUCGGCCUCUCCCGCACACUCGUUCGCUUGAUCAACGACGGACUCACGCUCGCCAGCUUCGAGUCAACGGCGCUCGACGACGUGGAUGCGUCCCACCUUGCACUUGUGCUGCGUCGAAGUCGGAAUCUGUUGCCCUUCACGCUCAACGUCAUGGGCGAUGAUUUUACCAUGGUCGGGAUCCGCACGCUGCUACUCGCCCUCGCGACGUGCGCGUCUGUCUGCAUCAAGAUCGACAUUUCCCCUUAUUGCUUUGAAGAAGAAAUCGAAGCCUUCUUGGCCGCCCAUGGCAUGUCGUCCGUCUUGGAGAACGCGUCCUCCUAUGCGCUCUAUAGUCCAUCGAGGGUUUUAGAAGCAUAAUUGCGCUGCACACGAUUUGCUUCAUUUGGAAUAAGAUCUCGGUGGUGCAAAGU